CACUCACGCCUUCCAAACGAGCUCUCGAGUAAUCAAACCAUCCACUGUCAAUCAUGAAGCUUGCUGUCUUUGCCGUCCUUAUCUCUACCGUUGCUUCUUUUGUCGCACCCAAUGGUGUGCAGCGUGCCGCCACUACGGAAUUGAAUGCGGAACGUCGUGAAUUCCUGUCGGCCGCGGCGGUAGCCGCUGGGCUUGCCUUUCCCCUUACAGCCAACGCUAUUCGUGAUUACGAGAACGUUGGCUACUUGGGUGGCAGUGAAAUCGUCGACGUCAACAACGCCAACGUUCGUGUCUACCUCAAGAUGCCCGGUCUUUACCCGACCUUGGCUGGAAAAAUUGCGUCCAAUGGACCUUACAAUGCGGUCGGCGACCUUUACAAUAUCCCGGGAUUGUCUGGAAAGGAAAAGGAAUUGCUCAAAAAAUACGAAAGCCGCUUCACUGCCCAAAAGCCCCAGGCUGAUUACGUCAUUGAUCGCUUCAACAACGGCCUCUACCGCUAAACUGGGUGCGGUAGACCGCAAAUCGCCUGUCUCGCAAGCAGGGUCCUCAUUCUCUAUACUUCCUCUAGUAAUGUUUAGGGACUAGUUGGCGUACGCAGUAACCUUACGUAAAACAUAAAUUCUGCUCUCUCGAU